AUGGCAUUUUUUUCGUGGGUAAAGAAAGACGAGACAGAGAUCGACGAGAAAAUAAAAAAGAAUCUUGAUGAAGGUAACAUAAAAUAUUCAGAUAUUAGUAGCAUUAGCAAAGAUUUAGAAUUGUUUCGUUCUCUUAGUUUUGAUAAUUUAGAUUACCAUGGAGACAAAUGUAUAUUGGCUCGAGAGUUGAUAAUAAUUUAUAUGUCAACAUAUAAGAAGCAUAUCGAACAAUGCAAAAUAGAGAAUAUGGAAAUAAUAAUAAAAACAAUAAAAAGAACCAUAUUAAGUGUUAAUAAUAUAAUAUGUAAUAUUAAUGAACAGAUAUUGAAAUGUUUUAGUAUGAUAAGAAAUUUAUAUAAUGAUAUUUUAAAAUUAAGAAAUGUAUAUAUAAAUGAUUAUUGUUUAUUUUGUAUUAUAGAAGGGAUAUUAAAUAUUUUGAAUGAUGAUAAAAUGCAUGAAUCCAAAUCAUCUAUAUGGGGUAUUUCUGCUUUACUAUCUUUAAUAAUAACAAAUUACAAAAAAGCAUAUUUUAUAUAUAAAGGUUUAAUAUCAUAUAAAUGUAUUUAUACUAUUCCUAUAUUUAUAAAUAAUACUUCACAAAUGAAUACACCUAAUAAUAAAAUUCAUUCUUAUAUUCUUAAAGAAAAUGAUGAAUUCAUUGGAUGUAAUUAUUCAAGAAUUGUAGCUUAUGUAAAAUUACAUUUAUCUGUUUUUAUCAUAUUAAAUGAUACAAGAGAAAUAUGGAUGUAUUUAUCGGAAUUAUUAAAUAGUGCGUACAGAAGAAAAACAUAUAUCUAUUUUCCUUUAAUAUACGCAGCCCUUGAUACCACUGCCUAUUAUUCAAAACUAACUUUCAAAACGUUUUUUGACAAAUUAAUAAAUCUUAUUAAAAAUCAUAUUAUACCUAGCUUGGAACAAGAACUAAUAAACAAACCGCCACAACCAGAUAUGCAAAAAAUUGUAGAUUAUUAUGUUAAAAAAUUGAAGGUGGAAUUUCUUUCAAACGAUAUGAACUCCUCUUUCCCAGAGGGAGUUGUGGUAAUCCCGGAUGAACGAAUCUUGUUCUUGGGAAUAGGAUCUUGA